CAGUUUUAUUUGUAAACAAAACCAGCUGUCAGUAAUAUCAUUCAUUUAUUUAUUUACUUUUAUUUUGAGCAACAAUUUAAACGUUUGUUUAAUUUAGUUAAAAGUAAAAUGGAAGAAUUUAAAAAGCCUGGUUUACCUAUUGCUCCAAUCAAAGUGGAAAAUUCUAAAGCGCCUGCAAAGAAACCUAAAGAAAUUCCUGAAAAACAUAUUGAAAGUAGUGCUGGAGAAACAACGAAACCACAAGUCCAAACACAAUUAUGUCCUUACAAAAUACCACAGUGGUCAGACAAACCUAGUAUUGAAAAUAACUAUAGUUUUGAAGUCUUAAAGUCUGGACAAAUUAUCGAUGAAAUAAAAGAAUUACAAAAUAAGGCUUUCUGGACUUUUGGUAGAUUACCGGAAAAUGAUAUAGAAAUGGCGCAUCCCACUAUAUCUAGAUUUCAUGCAAUUCUACAAUAUAGACCAAAAUCAAAACCAGCUGAAAAUUUAAAUCAUGACGAGGAAGGGUAUAUGGAUAAAUCAGAAAACAAUGUUGAAGACAAAAGCCCUCCAGAGGGUUGGUAUAUAUACGAUUUGGGUAGUACCCAUGGUACCUUUUUAAAUAAACAAAGAGUGCCAGCCAAAGUUUAUAUACGUGUAAGGGUUGGCCAUAUGCUGCGAUUGGGAGCCAGCACUAGAUCAUACAUUUUACAAGGUCCUUCUGAAGACGAAGAGCCCGAGUCAGAGUUAUCUAUCACAGAGAUUAAAGCGAAGCGCCAGCAGGAGUUGGAGCAAGCCGCUUUAGAAAAGAAACGUUUAGCUGACGAAGCCAUAGAGAGGGCCAAUAAUGAAGGUUGCAGUUGGGGUAUGGGAGAAGAUGCUGAUGAAGAAACCGAUUUAACUCACAAUCCUUAUGCCAGCUCAAACAAUGAAGAACUUUUUCUGGACGAUCCCAAGAAAACAUUACGAGGUUAUUUUGAAAGAGAAGGUCUAGAAUUAGUAUAUAAAUGUGAUGAAAUGUCUGCUGGUUCAUUUGUGUGUCGUGUUGAAUUGCCCAUUGAUGAUGCCAAUGGUCGUCCCAUUGUAGCAGAAGUUGUUCACAAGGGCAAAAAGAAAGAUUGUGUUGUACAAUGUGCUUUAGAAGCUUGUCGUCAUUUAGAUCGCCAUGGUGUUUUAAGGCAAGCAAAUCAAGAGCCUUUAAAGAGAAAACAAAAGUCUCAAGACUCCGGUUCGGAUGAUGAUGAAUUUUGGGAUCGUACUGGUGAUGUUGCUAGGAAGAAGCAAAGAAAAGCUAAUGCUAAUAUUAGUGUUACUUUAACCUAUGAAGAUUUGCUCAAACAAGAAAAUGAAAUCGAAGAGCAAACAAAGCAAAUCGAAUCGAAAAUACAAGAAUAUCAGGCACAACAACAACGAUUAAAGGCAAAGGAAUUGGAAGAUGGGGAGGAUUUAGAUGCAUUUAUGAAAAAUUUACAAGGAAAUGAAAUGCAAUUGGACAAAACUGAAAUUCGUAAACUGAGACUUGAAGAACAACGCUUAAAAUCUGAAAAACAAAGAGUACAACGGCUUAUUAAAAUUGCUAAACCCAUUGAUUUGCCGUUUGGCAAACCAAGCUCAGAUGAUAAACAAUCUGAAGCAAACGAAAAGUCAACAAUUAAGAAACAAUUACCAAUGAUUGGUAAACGUAAUCAAUUUAGUAAAUUCAAAAUUGUUAAAGUAGAAUCAACAUCCAUCAAAUCUAAACCCUCAAACCCUGCCAAAUUUCUUGACUCCGAUGAAGAAGAAACAGAAGAUGUUGACGAACCAGUUGAAAAUAUAUUUAAGGAAAGUAAUUUUAUUAAUGGCGACGUAUUAGACAAAGUCAAAGUCCCAACAAAUGAAAGUAACUGUAACACGGCAGAAGAUGCAAAAGAAAUUACUUCUAAAAUAACAAAUCAUGAAGAGGUAAAAGACAUUGCUUUAGCAGUUCCAGUCAAUGAAAAUGAAGCAGAGAAAACUUUAAAAUCAGCUAGUGAUUAUAAAGGUAAUGAAAUUAAAGAACAAAAUGUUGAGAGUUCACAGCAUAUGCCGGAAACUGUAGAAUGUAAUAGCACAGAAUCUGGCAAUAGUAGUAAAAAACGUCGCCAUCGUAUACGUCAGCGUGGUAAACGUCAAGAAGUUGAUAUGAUGGAGGAUGAUGUAGAAUAUGAAUCAUCUGAUAAAUAUGCCAAAUGGGUGCCACCAGAAAAUCAAACCGGUGAUGGCUUUACUGAAUUAAAUAAAAAAUUUGGAUAUUAAUAAAAUGGACUACAAACAUUUAACAUAAUGACUAUAUAUGUACGUAUUUUUAAGUAUUUUAAAAAAUGUCUCAAUAAAAAGAACAGAAAGUUAAUUAAAAAAAAUUAAAUUAUAUAUUAAAAUGUGUUACAUUGAACGGCAUAAACGCAUCAUAUCUUCGCUAUUGUCGGGUAGAUUAUAAAUAUCAUUUCCGUUUUUAAUAAAAUGUAGAUGUCAAAAAUAAUUUUACUUAUCUAAAUAAAAUUUUAUUUCAAUC